UGUCAACUUCUUGGUCUACAUGGUGUACCUAAUUAUCUUCACUGUGGUGGCCUACAACAAAAAGAAUGGAAAGACACCAUUCCCUGUGGAACACAACACUGCAGGUUACUUGUAUGUUGCAGGGCAGAUACUGUUAACUUUCGCAAACUGCUAUUUCUUCUUCAUUGGGUUAUUAGAUAUGAAGAGGAAACAACCGAAGCUGCAGACCCUGCUGAUUGAUGGAUAUUAUGAUAUUCUUUUCUUUUUGCAGGCCGUGCUCUUCCUGGUAGCGGCUGCCCUUUACGUUUUAGGUCGGGAAGCAUACCUUGGCUUCUUGGUGUUUAGUUUGGCUCUCAGCUGGGUCAACAUGCUGUACUUCGCCAGGGGCAGCAGACACAUGGGCAUCUACAGCGUCAUGAUACAGAAGAUGAUCCUCAGCGAUAUCCUGCGCUUCCUCUUUGUCUAUGUCGUCUUCCUGUUUGGAUUUUCAGCAGCGGUGGUCACGUUGCUCAUCGAGCCCCCAGUGGAAAACAACACCAACAAGCAACAGCGCCUCUUCGGACCCACCUACCCCGAGGCCGAAUGCGUCAAACCCACUUUCUAUAACAUCUCCUACACCACGCUGCAGCUCUUCAAGUUCACCAUCGGCAUGGGUGACAUGGAGUUCACCGAUGACUACAAGUACAAGGAGAUCUUCUACGUGUUACUCAUCUCCUACAUCAUCCUCACCUACAUCCUGCUCUUCAACAUGCUCAUUGCCCUCAUGAACCGCACCGUGGAGAAGAUCACCGCGGAGAGCGCCAGCAUCUGGAAGUUACAGAGGGCCAUCACCAUUCUGGAUAUGGAGAAAAGGUUGCCAUUCUGUCUGAGGAAGAGGCUUCGCUGCGGGGUGGAUAAAAACCUGGGCACCACCUCCGAGCAAGACCGCCGACGCUGUUUCAGAGUGGAGGAAGUCAACUGGAACAAAUGGAACAUCAACCUGAGAAACAUCAGCGAGGAGCCAGGUUACUGCGAUCAAACCCGUCAGAUGGCCUCAGACAACCAGCCUGUCAGAACAAACCGAGGGAGGAGCUGGAGAAGUUUAUUUUCAGAGAUCAGGAGAGGAGCUUAUGAGUCCACUGAGAUGAGGGACAUCACCCACACAUGAAGUAGCCAUCUUAUAUUGCAACAUUAAUUCUUGGACGGGUUAUGUUUUGUUAAAGUCUUGUUUUAGUGGUGCUAUAAUAACAUACAACGUGGUCAGUUGUUAUCGUGAUUUUCAUUAAAACAAAUUGAGAAUAGGAAGCUAACAGAUUGUAAUUGCUGUGAAGUGGAAAAGGGUAGGUAGGAUUAAAUAAACUCUGCUUCUCCUAAUGUAUCAUAUUGUAACUGUAUGCAAGUUUGAAAUAAACUUAAACU